CCAAAGCUACUGAUGUUGUCUGGUGUCGGACCAGCAAAACAUUUUAUGCUGACUUGCCCAUCGGUUCGGUAACUGGUUUCGUAAAUUCGCUGAAAAGAUAGUUCGUAUCCACAUAUUUCCAUUCACCACUAUUUUUAGGACGUGGUAAUUUUGCCCUGCUUCUCAAGGCUUUAGAAAGUGUCGACAUUUUGAUCAUACUCCAUAUACUCUCCCAUCCAAAGUCUAUGAGACAAAUACGUCUGCGUAGCACCGAUUAUAAGGAUCCGUCUAAGAUGACAUCAAACUAUUUCAGCGAACCUGAAGAUAAGAGCAUUCUACUGUGUGCUAUACGUUUCCAAGAGCAAUUGUUGAAGACUUCAGCCUAUAAGACAAUGAAUGCCACUUUACUACUUCCACCACUUGAUGAGUGUGAUGUUCACAAACCUCAAAGCGAUGAUUACUGGCGCUGCUAUAUGAAGUAUUUCUCCACUACUACUUAUCACCCAUCGGGUACGGUUAAAAUGGCCUCUGAAACGGUAGACGGUUGUGGUAAUGUACGCGUAACCGAUGCCAGUAUUAUACCACAGAUUCUCAGCGCCAAUAUAAAUGCCACUACCAUAAGAUAGCUGAAAAAGCAGUUGAUUUCAUUCGAGAAGAUUGGUUCGAAGAGGACUUAGUAGAGGAGGAUUGGCAAUAUUAAAGCUCUAGCAGGAUACCUUGUCUAGAAAUAAACAUACUUAUAUUUGAUAUUACUUGCUCAAUUUUUGUUUCAACUAAUUAUUUGUAGUCAUAAUUUUAUUGAUUUAUGAUUCAUUAUCCGAAAACUGUUUCGAUAUGUUAAGGAGUCUGAGAGUUAAACAGGACUUUAUUUCAAGAACCGGCCUGUAUAUUCUACGGAGAAUAAAUAAAUUCCUUGUAAUAGAGUCGGUUAGCCUGAAUGUACCUUGCUACUGGGCUUGUGGAGGAACACAAAUUUUUUUAUUUAUUAGCUCAGCAAAGCCUGGUCUCAUUACAACUUUGCUUCUUCUCGCCAUUUCGAAACUUAAUGCUUUCAAUUAAAUAAUGCUGGACGUGAACGAAUACGUACUAAGAAAGUGAAGGAGAUAUUGAGUUCCCUCAAAAAAUACUUUUACGUUUCUUCUAUUUUCCUUUCUAUUCAGCUAUAUCGCGCAGCUUUAAUUGAAGCUCGAGA